AUGGCAAACUGGAAAGAAUUGGGUGAAGUCCCAGAUUCAGAAGAUGAUGAGGGCUUCUACGGCGAGCAGUUUGAUUCUCAGUCGAAUCUGGCGGCUGCCAAACCUGCCCUAACGGACGACGUAGAACAGGAUAUUUGGGAUUUCCCAGACUCGCCAACCGACGAUGUCCUUGCGGAUUCACAAGCGCCCGCCGUCUCGACUCCAUGCGAUGAAAAUCUGCCUAGCCCUGCAAUAUCGUCGCCCUUGUCAUCUCCCCCUAGUGAAGAUGAGCUACCUCCUCUCGACGACUUCACCUUAGGCGACGGCCCUCAGCGAGACGCCAAAAUCCUUGAACAGGAAGACGUCGAUCGAGCAGACCAUCUACAAAUAAAGCCUUGUCCCAGCCGUACGGCAUCGUUAGAUUUUACGCCGUCACCACCGGGGCAUGCUCCCCGGAGCCAGUUACCUCUCGACGAAUCCGGACUGUUGAGUCAAAUGGCUGAGACUUUUGAGGCUCAGCGAGUAGCUGCUCGAUACGAACGAUCGUUGCGUCCGCGAAAACCCAUCCAAGAGCACCCGUAUCUGCUCGAGAAUGCUCAGUAUAGUAGCUUCUUGAAGUUACAUGGCGUUAAGCCUUUACGAAUGGCCAUCGAAAAUGAGCGAAGGAAGCGAGACCAUCUAUCGGGAGGAUUGUCACAGGAUGGCGACUUUCAGGAAGAGAGCCAAGAGUCUGUUCAACCAGAUAUCACCAAUAUUCCUCCACUAUAUGACGCAGAGCCUUCGGAAACCCAGGACGAUUUACUUUUGCUGCCCUCAACACCCCCAAGGCACUCACCAACAAACAGAGGCCCUGCAGCUAGUAGCCCGGUCAGCUCCCAGGGAGAGACGGAUAACACCAGUGUUUUAGAUCAGGACCUUCCAGCUUUAGAUGAAUUACUCAGAAAGCCUCCCAAACUCACCUCGACAAAGCUACACAAAAGGAUCUCAACACCACUCAAGUCCUCCACACGCAAACGGAUGAGAAGGAGUAUUAUUUCCAGUGAUCCAAUCGAUGGUGACUCAACUUCGGGAGUUUUGAACCCAAAAUCCCCAUUCACCUCACUUUCGCCUUCAUUGAACACCCCGGGACCAUUGCAAGGUUCCCCUAUUAAUUCAGACCUACUAGUCGAAACACCCAAAACUCCGGCAGCUGGUGCCGCGGCAGCUAUACAGCCGAGUACCGGAAACCAUACUACACAUGCCUCUUCAAGCGAAGACGGCCGGCGUGGCAGGACUGUCUCUGAGAUCAGCGAUCCUACAUCGUCGGAUGAUGAUAGCUUUUCUGUCAGUGACAACGAAGCUGUGACAACAAUGAGUCGUCGAAUACGAGGUGUACUUCCUGCAUCAUGGCUACGUCUCGACCAACAAGCUGGACAAGAGAAUGCCAAAAAGUCUCUGAAGAGCCGAACUCGGUUCCUCCGAUCUCCUGGGAGGGAAAACAGGCGUGGUGUUGCCCAACUACGACAAGGUGCUUUGGGAAGCACUCCAAUCCCAAUGUUUGAUGAUGAAUCAGACCAUGAAGUCGUUCCAAUUGUUUCAUCAACCAAUGCAAAUAAAUCUGACAGCCAGCCUAGGUCGACAGUUACUCUCGCUGGCCAUCUGAAUUUAGAGUCUAUGGUGCAUUUAGGAGACGACGAAGACGUCUCGGUCGUAGAGGACGAUGCGAUCGACUUCAUGCUCUCGAAACCAUCCAGGAAGCGCCAGCUGAAGCUGACAGAUAGCUUGAAUGCAGCUCCCAAGAAACGACCGAAGCGACGGGAUCUCGCGCCAAAACAAGGCCACAGAAAAGAGAAGCAAGUUGCAGUUAAGGCGCCGUGGCGUGAAGCUGGAACGCGAGGCACGUCGGGCAGCUCGCGUUCUGAGAAUGUCCAGCACCGGCACCCUUCAAGACAAAAGAGAAACUAUGCUUCUAAGAGCAUUGUCCAAAGACCAAUUAGGAAGUUGCCUCCGAGUCUCAGUAUUUUGGAUACAAUUCAACCAGAUGCGCCACGAUUCCUCAAGAUUGCAGCCAGGACCGCGAGGAGGCGGCGGAACCAAGGUCGUUCAAGGCCAAACACCAAGACCAUCCAGCUUGCAACUCGGCAGGAUCAACUUGACGCGGUUACAGUGUUGAACAGUUGGCGAUCCGGUGCCAUCAAGCCACGCGAUUCAGUCACUGCAAUGACGAAAUCUUUUGAAAGGAAACGACACCUUAGCGUACUUUCAGAAGUUUCAGGAAACACAGAUGCUCGCGAUUUGACGAGGACACACCACAGAGCCGACGUAUCUAGAAAACUCAUCAAGCAGGUAAGCCACGGCGGAUCUAUCAGGUAUAUCUCCAGCCGGGAUGAACUUGAACGACAAAAGCCGAAGAGCAUUCAGAGAAGUGGCUUCCCAGGAGAGAGAUAUCUCCCAAUUUCAACUCGCCCAGCGCAGUUGGAGACAGGCGCAAUUGCUCAAAUGACGAAGUCUGACUUCAAUUCCCGGAAGAAACUAUUGGAUCGACUGUAUCAAAAUGGCAAAUCUGCAUCGGGAAGGGACAGGAGUGACUCAUCGUCCAUGUCAGCCAGACCUCAAGAUCCAACGACGCCUGCCUCCGAUGUAUCAAAGGCAAGGAAAAAUAAGUUGAGAAGACUUUAUGGAUCGCGAAAUCACAGGAAAGCUGCGCCCCAACGGAUCGACCUGGACGCGCCUCAAUACAGCCACGCCAGAGAUCCAGUGCCAGAAGUGUAUUUCGCGGAACAACCUGUGUCUGAUGCUGAGCUUCCCGAAGCAAAGUUAAAUGGCUUGGGGCCUUAUGGCACUCAGUACACCCAUCAUUUUGAAAGUUUUCCGCUUCAUCCGGAUGUUUUCUUCCAUGAAUCUACUCUCAUUGGAAGCGGUGAGCUUUCUUUUUGCGAAACCUUCAACCUGCCGAUAGGGUGGUCAGAAGCACGUCCAGUUACGUCCCUAUUGUUUAACAACCACAUUCUCAGAUGGGGCUUGUGGAAUGAGCAAACUUCUUCAGAAUUAGGAGUGGUGCUUGACUAUAUUGCAGAAUAUGCUGAGGCUUGGCUGACUGGAAAGCUUGAUGCGCGGGAGAAUGCGACAGCUCCAUCGCAAGUUGCGAGUUUUGUGUUGAGUUAUGUCAAAGACUCCAUUACUUUCAUGGAACGGCAUCAACGACUAUCCUUCAUCUCUCGAACUCGUGAGUGCCUAGAGAAUUUCAAUGAUCGCAUUGAUUCUGCCACCAGAACCACGGCUAGUAUCAGUAAUGACAACAUUAGCCAAGUUUUGCCGAUAUACGACCGACUAUUACUGAUAGCAUUCCUUACAUUACGGAUUUGUGCCCAAGAUUCAUCACUAAUGGCUGAACAAUUUUCAAUGGAAAAGCUCGUUCAGAGCAUGGCGACAACUGGUAUUGUGAUUCUUAUUAGACUUGGCAUCGGGAACCUUCAAGAGCUCUACAUCAAGCUACAAACCAAGCGGUAUAGAGAAGGUGGAAUUCGAAAUGACUCCCCGCUAAUUCACUCUUGGGUGGUGACUAUGAAGGUCUUGGACUUAGCACAAAUUCCGCGAUCUUCUUUCUGGGAUGUGGCUCAGCGUCCACUCGCCCCAGACCAGGAGCUGUCUCGUCACAAUGCGCAGGAUCACGAACGCAUUUGGGAGCGUAUGUUUACGCUACUUCCCCUCGUGGAGUUCGGCAACACUGGUGUACUAGUUUCUGGACGGCGACAGAGUGUAUCGGGCGAUGGAUGGGCGAUUCCACACAAGCUUCUUAGACAAGUUUUCCAACUGUAUGAACGAAACCCACGACAAGCUGCUAGCUUCAACAAUUACUGCCGAGCUCUCAUCGGAAGGUGUCAUUACCUUGUUCAAGAGUGGGGUUGGCGGAAAUGUGUCAGUGUCGUUGGCCUUGUAUUUGACUUCUUUGGCUCGCAACAACUCGCGCACCUUCGAAAUGAAGAAGUAUACAAAUCCCCAAAAUUCCUCGAGAACCUGAAUUCACGUCCAAAUUUGGAGAUUGAACGGGAAGACCCAUGUUUCCACGUAUUCUUGAAACUUGUGGCAGUUGCAAUAAGGAAGCUGAGAGAGGUUGGAUCCGUCAAAGAUAUCGGCAAUCUUGUGACAAGAACCGUGCCCAACCAUAAUCGACAACACCGCAAAGACGAAAUUGUACACGCGCGUGACUUGGCAGCCUUGAGAAAUCAUCACGACCUGCUGUGCACGCUUUUCUGGGCUGCGCCGCCAGAUUGUCGACCGUCUCCGGUUCUUAUUCAGAAUCUCGUGGACCCGGCAGAUUCUCACAAAGAAGCCUGCCUGAUCAAUCUUCGUGCCUGGACUCAACUUGCACGUUUUAACAUUGCAUCGGGCGAAAUCGGAGUAUCGUGGAAGGCAUUUCAUAAAUGGCGAGGAUCGUUCUUUGAACAGAUUCUCAAACAAUUUAAUUCUGUAGCGUCUGAAGUUGCGCAACAACUGUCGACCCUUGGUGAAGAAGCAAGCCACUCGAUCACCGCCGAAAUGGUUCACACUGCAGUUUCUGUCAAUAAAGCUGCUUUGAUUGAUGUGCUGUACGCAUCGCUUACUUCGUCGUUGGAUGCCAUCCAACAUGCCCCCAACCUACAGGCAGCCACUUUCGCUUGGAAUCUACACCAGUUACAAACCAUUUUCACACACUUUGCAGCGGGACAUACAGAGCUUACAUGGGCAGUGCUAAAAGCGUCCUUAGCAAUCCUUGACACGAUGCUCUCGAAGAUCGAUGAUUUUAAAGCAGAUGACGAGAGUCAACAAAGCGAAAGCCAGAUUUCUAACUCAGCGGUAGCGGACGAUGCGUUGCUGGUCCUAGAUGCGCACCUAUCUAGAGCCUUUUUCGGCAUGGCGAGGUGCGUCUUGUCAAUGUCUCUAGAUGAGUCCGGUCGCCACACUGCUUUCCAAGAGCAGGCCGAAUGCUCAGAACGAAUUGUCGUCCUUGCUGCACGAAUGUGCAUGCGAUAUAUCAAUGGAGGCCUGAUACAGCUUUCUGGGGUGUUCAAGGGCAAGUAUCAGGUAUUCAAUGAAUCACCACACAAGCUGGAUCUACGUCAACGGCAAUUCAUGGUCCUGUUCGCCUUGACCCUGCUACGAUAUGAUAUUGAUGAUUUCGAUGAAGCUGGGUUCACUCUUUGUGAAUUUUGGAUCUUGUCGCUCGUCAAGCCUCGCGCAUUCUUGAAAUAUGAGAUCGAACUUGGCCAAGAGCUUCGUCGUCAUGGACGUACAUUUCUACCAGAAGGAAUCACAUCCAUUUCUGUUCAGUCUGAUUAUAAUAUCAACCGGGAUUUAUUGGAGUAUGCGAUCUCAACGAUGCGUAAAGCUGUUCGAGAUGCUGGACCUGACCUUCGCAGUAUAUUGGUCGGAGAGUAUUCAUCAUCACUGAAAUUGGCGAUGGAGCAAAUCAGAGGAAACCUGAAGAAUACGGCGCAGAGACAAAAGGAGCAUGAAAGUUACGUGGUCUUUGUUCAAGACGUAAUUUCCCUAAUUAAGACACACGGAUCGGAUAUAUGCGCGGUUGACAACUACUUCUGUCAAAUAAGCAAAGAAUACUGGCCACCAGCCGAAGAUCCUCAACUGAAAGUUGCCAAUUUGAAGUCGUACGGCCUGCGACUGCAAGAGGGCGAGUCCCGUGUUGGCCGGCAACUCUUUCAUUUCCUGUUCAACAAUGCAAAGUUUUCCAUCUUCAACAACAAGUUGCCAGAAGAAGUCCAGUUGUUGUACAGGGGCAUGUGCAGCAGCGGCAUCAAGACAUUCAUAAUCUCGAGAAUGAUGCCGGCCAUCGUCAAAGCUUCUUUUGAGGAGUACAAUGCCUUUCCAUUACUGGACAUCUACAUGGAGGCUUUCGAACUUCGGUUAGCCGGCAUGGCCAUGGCACUCGAGCUCGAUUCUGACGACCUGCCCUCACUCUGUACUAUGGUACAGGCUAUACUCAACGGGAUGAAGGGUCUAUCUGGGGUUAGAGGGACCUGUACUAGAACUCAGGUUCAUGUACUGAGGCAAACAAUCGGUCUCGCAAAUUUGCUUUGGCCAUCCAUUCAUGUGCUGUCAAUGUCAACCCAAAGACCGGAGCACUGGAUCGCAUUGUGGAGCCUACUGACUGAACUUUGGGCUAUCAUUUCAAAGUGCGAGGUUUAUUUGGAGAAGUCAAAGACAGAAGAGAGACGGAAUAGUGUCGUGGAAGCUCAAGGCCUUCUAGCGGGCGUGGGGAGCAUCCAAAGCGAGGAGCACCACUUACACUCGGACGUUGUGGAUUUUGCCAAGAGUAUUGUCGAGGAUCCUAACGCCGCGCCUUGUCGAAACCUCGUCCUCCAUGGCACCGAAGCCACGGGAAAAUCAGCCAUCACCGGGCAGCUACUCGAGACGCUGGCCGAGCACGUUGCUACGGAAGCACAGAGCGGAGGACUCAAGUAUACCAUUGUCAAUGCUGCGCAAUGCAUCACAACGAGGCACUUAUUCGAGCGCAUCGUGGGUUCCGUAGCUGAUGCUUUACCAUUGGAUGCGGCAACCGGCGGGAAGUCUUGUUCAACCCCUAAUGCACGACCCACGAGACAAAGACGCUGCGAGACCAUGGCACAGCUAUCUGUUGCCAUGAGCACAAUGCUGAAGGAACCUACCAGAGAUCCGAGAUGGCGGUUUGUUUUAGUGCUGGACGCUGUUGAUACCCAGAGAGAUGCGCCGCCGACCUUGCUGCCAGCCUUGGCCCGUCUAUCGGAGAUUAUUCCUAGCCUCACUUGCGUCUUCAUCGUCACAGCACCACCAGCCGGUUUUCUUCGAACUCCAGCCUCCGCACAUCUUCACUUUCCUCCAUACACAAAACAUGAGUUUGUCCGCAUUCUCACUCUCUCGCCACCGGCCCCAAUUCCCGGUACGACGCAACAAGAAACAACAGAUCUUUGGACUCGCUUCUGUGCCGCUGUUCACGAUGCCUUUGUGCGGUCCGCAUCUCGCACUCUGCCAUCCUUUCGCCACAGCUGCCGGGCUCUUUGGCCGCGAUUUACGGCUCCUGUCACCGCUGGAACGCACUCGCCAAAGGAGUUCUCAAAAUUACUAAUAGCAGCACGGGUACAUUUCCAAGAUGAAUCACUCUUAAAUCCCAGCAUCAUCUCGGUUCGUCCGGAACCCUCAGCAACGCCGCAGCCUGGGGUUGUUACAACAUCUUCAAGUCUCCCCAAGAACAUGAGCAUCGCAGCAUCGGAUCUGACUGCUCUGCUGCCCAUUGCCGCACGUCUCCUUCUCCUGGCAGCCUAUCUUGCCUCUCACAAUGCGACACGCCAUGAUCUAACGCUCUUUUCAACCUAUUACCACGGCCGCAAACGCCGUCGUGGCGGCGGCUUUGUUGCUAAUCGAGGAACCCCUCGGACAAAGCAUAGGAAGAUUGCGAGAAAGCUUCUUGGCGCACAUGCAUUUGUUCUAGAACGCAUGAUGGCAAUAUUGGAGGCCGUCCGAGGCGAGUGGUUACCCGACGGGAGUGCUGUGGGCGCCGCAGGCUUGGAUGGUGAUAUAGGGAUGACUAUGGCAACAUUGGCUAGUCUUCGGCUCUUGGUUAGAGUUGGGUCAGGAGACCUUAUGGACAGGUCCGGGAAAUGGAGGAUAAAUGUUGGCUGGGAAGCCAUUAGGGGCAUCGGGAGAAGUAUAGGGGUUGAGAUCGAGGAAUGGCUCAUUGAAUAG